CGCUUUCCUUGCGGAAGUUCAUUGCCGUCGUCAGCGCUGUAAACAGUAAUAAAAUCACCGAAUCUGGAAGAUAGGAGGCAAAAAAAACCCAACUGACAAUGGCUAAUUACGGCCAAACGGCGCAGCUUCUUCAGAAAUCGUGUACGCAGCCCCAGAUAAGGGCCGGAAUAAUUGAUAAAGCGCCCGCGAAUAUAUCGACUCUCGGCUUCCUGCGGCUGGUUAGUUUCCACUCGUCAGCAGAGCACCAUGCACAAGCCCCGAGUUCCAAGCCUGCUGCUCCUAGCUGGGAUCCUCCUGAUCCUAGACUCCGCCCGCGUGGAUGCAGCGGCUACAGCACAACGGCAACCGGAUAGCCGCAUCGUCAAUGGACGCGAAGCCACCGAGGGCGAGUUUCCGUACCAAUUGUCACUCCGUCGCCAAACGGUACAUAUCUGCGGCGCCUCCAUCCUGUCCGGCAACUGGGCCAUCACUGCCGCCCACUGCAUCGACGGCCAUGAGAACCAGCCUCGGGAGUUCACGCUCCGCCAGGGAAGUGUCCAGCGUUCCACUGGCGGGACCGUCCAGCCGCUGAAGUCCAUCCACAAGCAUCCCGCCUACGACCGGGCGGACAUGAACUUUGACGUGGCCCUGCUGCGUACCGCGGAUGGAGCACUCAACUAUCCGUUGGGCAAGGUAGCCCCCAUUCGGUUGCCCGCUGUUGGAGCAGCAAUAGCGGAUAGUCUUCCUGCCGUCGUCUCCGGCUGGGGCCACAUGAGCACCACCAAUCCGGUCCUAUCGUCGGUGCUGAAGAGCACCACCGUGCUGACGGUCAACCAGCAGAAAUGCCACAACGAUCUCCGUAACCAUGGGGGCGUUACCGAGGCCAUGUUCUGUGCCGCUGCCAGAAACACGGAUGCUUGUCAAGGUGACAGCGGAGGUCCGAUUAGCUCCCAAGGCACCCUUAUCGGAAUAGUAUCCUGGGGAGUGGGCUGCGCGGAUCCCUACUACCCGGGCGUCUACACUCGGCUAGCCCAUCCCACUAUCCGUCGCUGGAUACGCCUGCUCACUAAGCUAUAAUGUGACUCAUAUAUUGCUAAUAAAAAUGGAAUCAAGCCUAGAAAAGAAACCAAAAAUAUAGCUGU